CAACAUUUAUGUUUUGAUUUUUAAGUUUACACAUUAUUUUAAAAAUAAAGGCUUUUGUGUUCGUGAUUUAUUGAAAGAUGGUAUUCCAAAUUCGUUUCAAAAUUUGAAGCAGUGAUUAGUGUUAACCGGAAUAAGUUUGAUUGUUGCAUCUCAAAAUACACGUGUGAGAGGCAGUAUGCGCCCUAAAUCAUGUUGGAUUUAGAAUGGCGGGACGGCUAACUGAAGAUCAGAAGGAUCAGCUCGAGACUUGGAUCGAUUCUGGACCAAAGACUUUUAAACUCAUAUACAGCAUCACACGGAACGAAUGUAGUGCCCACGAAUUCCACCGGAAAUGCGACAACCAGGGACCCACCGUAACGGUUCUCUAUAACCAAGAGGGAUCCGUGUACGGAGGGUAUGCGGGUAUCAGUUGGCAGAAAAAUGGGGGAUACAUGAAAGAUGAGAGAGCGUUUAUCUUUCAAUUGAUGUUCUCUGGAAGACGUGUUUCAAACACGUUUCGAUCCAAAGACGCAUCAAAGGCGUUGCGAUUUGAAGCCAAAGACGGUCCUUGUUUUGGUAACCCAGAUUUACUAACAUUUACCGGGGAAGUAGCUAUGUUUGUUGACGGAUAUUUCGAUCUAAAUGGAAAAGUAGAUCUAGGAAAUUACUUCGAAGACAAAGGUGUUCCGAGCCGCCAUAUUAACAACGGACAUAUGAGGGCUACUGAGAUUGAGGUUUACUCUGUCAACGUUGUUAAACUACAUCCAGAAACGAAAGCUUUUAUUCGCGCCAGAGAAUCGCAAUGUUCAGGAUAUAUUUGGAGAAACACUUUGGAAUUAACUGAUGAGACAGUUGAAUCCCUCCGCCAGGAAAUCAGAGAAGUCAGACCGAAGACUAGAACUGACGUCACAGACUUUCGGUUGCUGUUGAUUGGUCAUAUCGGUGCCGGAAAAUCAAGCUUUAUCAAUACUGCCAUGUCCGCUUUCUCCAGGAGGGUCAUGCACACGUCUCCUGUUGGUACUUCGGAAACUGGGCUUACCAAACAGUUCAUACCUUAUCAAGUACGCGAGACGAACGGUUCGCUUCUGCAAUUCCAUCUUUGUGACACACCUGGCCUUGGGGAGACUUCUGCGAUGGAUGCAAUCAAUUUGCACUUUCUUUUGGACGGACAUAUACCGCCAUCAUUUGAGUUUUCACCGUCGCGACAUAUGAGCGCAAAGACUGUUGGCUAUAUUUCGAAACCUGCACUAGCACAAGAAAUUCACAGCGUAGCUCUUGUGCUGGACGCCUCCACCGUCAAUGGAAUGUCUUUAACAGACACGUCUUUGCUCAACUUUUGCAAAAGAUUGAUAUUAGAAAAAGCCAUACCUUUCGUGGUUAUUUUGACCAAAAUCGACAAACUUCACGAAGAUAUUGCAGACAACCUAACUGACGUAUUUAAGCGUCCAGAGGUCAACCAAGCUGUAGAAAAGGUCAGCGAGGCGCUGGGUAUUCCACCAAAUCACGUGUUUCCGGUUAAAAACUACUACCGCGAGGUGGAAACAGAAAUGCCUGUUAAUGCUCUUUCUCUUAUGGCGCUUCGGAAGUUGGUGCUCUUGGCAUCGGAUGUUUUGGACGUACGCACUUCCAGUAGCAAAGAAAAUCAAGCGGAUUCAGCCGUGACAGAAUCUGAUUCUGCGUAGAUAGUUUUUUUUACAGAUGAAGCGACAGUAACAAUUAACAAUGAAAACAAAAAGCUUAAAAAAUUGUUAUUUCUGGAUGUUUUGUCUUUCCAUUACAAACCGUCCACAAAAUCAGGAAACUAUUGUUUAUUAGUUCAGCCUAAAAUACAUAAUAUGGUAUUUAUUUCUAGAAAGAAAAGUGUGUUGAAGGUAUCGUUUUAACCACACCAUCAACCGUUACCGAGAUCAAUGACAUGGUUUCUAAGCAACCUGAUUGUUUUGUAGAAGCUUUAAAAAUCUUUUAAGUUGUAUAUGUUGUCUUGUGUGUGUGUGUGUGUGUGUGUGUGUGUGUGUGUGUGUGUGCUGUUAUACGAUAGACAAUGUUAUUCACAGAGGUCAAGCAAUAUGUGAGAAAGCGAGCCUUUUGCGAACUAACUUACAUAUUUUAGGGACGAGUCAUUUUAUAUCAUGACGAGUGUCAGACUCUUUUUAUAAAAGGCGUUUUGCAGUGAAAAAUAGCAAAAAUAGAGAAUUAUUUUCCCUUCAAAAAGUGAAAAAAAAAAUUGUUAUAGGCUCAUGACAUUAUUUCCUGUUUGAACACAUUAAGUUUCGAACGUCUAAAAAUGUUUCUAAUCAAAACACCAAGACACAAUACCACGCUUUCAUCGUUAGAAUAAGAAUGAAAUUACACUUUUUCCUUGCUAGAAUAUUGCAAAUAAAGCAUUUCUUGUUUGUUCACAAACAUGUGGAGUGAUAUGUUUUCUGACCAAUAGAAAUAGAGCAAUGUACAUUUUGUAAUAUAGGGAAAAACGUGAUGUAUUUUAAAGUAUGCGUGACGGAAAAUAUUACAUUUCAAAUUAACUUUAAAGUAAGUUUGCUGAUCAGAUUUCGAAAGUAUUUGGUUUGCAGGGUUGUGACUUAAUUAAUGUUGUUGUUUUGGGUUUUAUUUAAUCCUCUUGAAGGAGAGGAGCAAACAACCCUUAUCAGAAUGUUGUUGCUGAGAUAAUAGAUGCAUUUGUUUUACAAAAGCUGUUUUAGUUUCGUUUUCAUGAUUAAGUUGUUGCUUUACUUUGUUUGCAUACAUUGCAUAUGCGUUUGUUUUUAUGUAUACUUCUUUCAUGUUAAAGCUGUGUUGUAGUCUUGUUUUCAUAAUUUAGUUGAUUUAAUUUGAAUUCAUUUCAUAUGCGUUUGUUUUAACAUUUGUUAGAUAUGUACUAAAAUAUCUGAAGUAAAAUAAAACAUAAUGUUGUGGCUACAGUUUUAGAUACUUGUUUUAAUGUUAAAGCAAUGUUGUAGCAUCGUUUCCAUAAUCUAGUUGAUGUCAUUAAUUUGAAUUCAUUGCACAUGCGCUUGUUUAAAUAUUUGUUACAUAUGACCUAAAAUAGUUGAUGUAAAAAAACAUAAUGUUGUGGCAACAGUUGUAGAUACAUUUUUAAUGUUAAAGCUAUGUUGUAGCAUCGUUUUCAUAAUUAUUUUGAUUGAAUUAAUUUAUAUACAUUAAAAAUGCGUUUGUUUUAACAUUUGUAAGAUAUGUACUAACAUAUUUGAAGAAAUAUAACUUUAAUGUAUUGGCUAUAAUUUUAGAUACUAGUUAAAGUAUAAAGCUGUGUUAAAGUAUUGGUUUCAUAAUUAAGUUGAUUUAGUUAAUUUGAAUACAUUGUAUUUGCUUUUGUUUUAAUAUUUGUUAGAUAUGUACUUUAAUAGUUGAAGAAAAAACCAUUAUGUUGCGGCUGCAGUUUUAGAUACUUCUUUAAUGUUAGAGCUAUGUUUUAGUAUCGUUUUUAUUAUUAAGAUGAUUAAAUUAGUUUAAUUAGUUUGCAUACAAUGCACGUGCGAUGUUUUUUUUUGAUUUGUUACAUUAUUUAGGUAUGUACGACAGUUUCUUCUCAAUGCACUCUUCUUUACUCUUCAAAAACUGUGUAUUCUCGCAUAAUCAUGUCUUAUCCCCAUUAUUAUGUAUUUUCGUGUGUAUUCUAUGUACAUUUUAAUAUAAAAACUUAACUUUUAUCUGUGAGAGUGCAGCUUUAACAUGUGGACAAGUCGUGCAGAUAACGCUAUAGUGUUAUUCAAUGCCAUUAUUGCUGUUGAGCGCAGUACCCACUUGUUUAUGACAAUGCUAUUUUACUAAUCGUGUGACUAAAAUAUUGUGAGUGUGAUAUUUAUUUCGGAUGUUCAAAACAUUAAGAUAACAAUUGAAAAGCAAUAUAUUAUUCGUUCCAUUUUCGCACCUUUCAGUUUUAAUUGAGACAACGAUGAAUUUUAUUUUAAAUUUCAUACUUAUUUCUUUAAGCUCGAUUUUGACGAAAGGUGACAGGUUUUAUAGAGGUAUCAGGCUCGAGUGCGUUUCCUUCUAAGAAACCAGUACUUGUGAAUAUAUUUUAAAGAUAAUGAGGAUGUACCCCUGGAGGGGAUCGAACCCACAACCUCUUAGGUGAGUGGCGGACAUUAUACCACUAUACCAAAUAUUACCCUCGAUGAUGAUUAAGAAUAUAUGCAAUAUUGAAGCCCUUUAAAACGUCAGCACUUUCGGAAACUGGGCGGAUUAUGUUGUACUUUUAUGGCAAUAUCGUGGGUCACAACAAUUUCGCUAUCCAAACGAGCUUUUAAAGUAUUUUUUUAUUUGCUCGAGUGCGAAUAUUUGGCUUCAAAAGACAAUUUGACUUAGUUCAUAGUCAAAGACAAUACUUUUUCAGUUAUUGAGCUUAACAACAACGAACGAUUUGUAAUACUGGCAUUUGGGCCUAGAACUAUUUUCCAAAAGUAUUUGCCAAUUGUAAAUAGUUCCUUUAAAUGCAAAGCAACGUGAUUGUGUAAUUCCGCCAAAUUAAUUCUUCUCAUAGCUGAUAU